AUCACGAUUAUAUAUCUUUCUUUGAUUGCUUGUCACCCGUUGAGUCUCCGGAUUACGUAAAAAUCAACUGCAGUACUACCAACUCAUCAUCUGCUACAACCUCAUAUUCUUAUAUUAUGGUGAAAGAUAGAGUGGACAAUCUUCAACCCUCUUGUAAUCUGACCGGAAUUGUUCAAUAUUCUUAUGAUAUCACACAAGCUGGAAGUGGCCUUUCAUUUUCUUUCAUCCGUGAUCAUUUGAGAAGCGGUAUAGAGCUUUAUUGGGAUGGAUAUCUCCUCGACAGUUACUGCUACGACCGAUACCAAUCCCUCCACUGUGAGUAUGGUUUCAUCACUUUGGCGAACAGUCACUAAUUCAAGUUAAUUUUAUAUGAAUUAAAAUGAAGAUUUUUUCUUCAAUCUCUAACUGACACUAAUGAACUUUUGCAGGUUUCGGUGAAGACAUGAAGCGCAGUAAGUUUUGACUAGCACCACAUUUUCUAAUAGCUAAUGUUGUUAUGUUGCUCUUAAAAUUGCUGAGUUUAAUCUUUUCCCUUCGUUCUGUUUUCACACAGAUCUCCUAGAAGCCGCCAAGAUCAUCGGGGCGUUUCUGAUGGCGCGAAUGAUACUCGGCGUUGUUAUUUUGUUGGGUUUCUGUUGCUACAAACUGUACUGGAAAAAGUUCCCAAAGCAUGCAGCAGUAGAAGAAUUCUUGAUUGAAUUAAAAAUUAAAGUCAGUCAAAAAGGCUUUUGGAAAAAGCUCCUGAAUGAUGCAGUUCAAAAGUUCUUGGAUGCAUGCAAGAAUGUUAGAAGAAGAAAGUACUUUUAUUCAGAAUUCAAGAUGAUUGUAGUUUCUUUAAAACAACUGAGUCAAGGAGUCUAUUCGAAAAAAUUCCGAAAGGACGAGGCAGUUGAAGAAUUCUUGGAUGCAUACAAGAAUCUUAUGCCCAGAAGGUAUUCAUAUUCAGAUAUUAAGAAGAUUACAAUGGCUUUCAAAGAUAAACUCGGACAGGGGGGCUUUGGUUCCGUCUUCAAAGGAGAGCUGUCGGAUGGUCAUCUUGUUGCAGUCAAGAUGUUGAGUGGAUCCAAAGGUGAAGGGCAAGAUUUCAUCAAUGAAGUUGCCACAAUUGGAAGAAUCCAUCAUGUCAAUGUGGUGCAACUAAUUGGAUUCUGUUCUGAGAGAUCGAAAAGAGCUCUUGUUUAUGAUUUCAUGCCUAAUGGAUCCCUCGAAAAAUAUAUAUUUUUGGAGAAAGAAAAAGGCGUUGUUCUUGGUUGGGAUAGAAUGCACGAGAUAGCUCUCGGGGUGGCUGGUGCAAUCAAAUAUCUACACGAGGGAUGUGAUAUACAAAUUCUGCACUUCGACAUCAAACCCCACAACAUUCUUCUUGAUGAGAACCUCAAUGCUAAAAUCUCCGACUUUGGUCUUGCAAGAUUUUACCCUAGAGAUCAUAACACUCUUUCUCUUACUGCUCCAAGAGGCACGAUGGGAUAUAUAGCUCCAGAAAUGUUCUACAGAAACCUCGGAGGUGUUUCGUACAAAGCUGAUGUUUAUAGCUUCGGAAUGUUGCUAAUGGAAAUGACCGGUCGGAGGAAGAACUUGAAUGCACAUGCACAAAAUUCAAGCCAAAUUUACUUCCCUUCCUGGAUUUAUGAUCAACUAGAAAAGGGAUUGAGUGUUGAAAGUGUUGAUGCCUGUGAGAAUGAUAAGAAAGUAGCCAAGAAGAUGAUCAUGGUUGCAUUGUGGUGCAUACAACUGAAGCCGGCGGAUCGCCCUUCCAUGAGCAAAGUCGUAGAGAUGCUUGAAGGUGAAGUCGAAGCCUUGCAGAUACCUCCGAAGCCUUUCUUCUGUCCCCAAGAGAUGCCGAUGCAAGAUCCGGUUGAUGACACGGACAGUGAAGAGGAUACAAUCUCCAUGGUAUAAGGGAAAUGCAAUGCCUUAUCAAUCUUUGUAAUUUUCGAAACUCCGCGUUGGUGUGGUGGAUUCUUAGCCUUUUAUAUGAAACAUUUUAAAUUAAUCUCAAGUUUUUUCGUGA